AUGGAUGACUCAUUGGUGCUGAAGAAACGGGGAUAUACACUGGGCAUCAGUUUAGGCGAGGGGUCAUACGCCAAAGUAAAAUCCGCUUAUUCUGAGCGUCUGAAGACCAAUGUUGCUAUCAAAAUUAUUAACAGAAGAAAGGCGCCGGCGGAUUUUUUGGAGAAGUUCUUACCCCGGGAACUGGAGAUCCUUGCAUCCCUAAAUCACCGAAACAUUGUCAAGACCUUCGAGAUAUUCGAGACUUCAGAAGGGAAGGUGUACAUGAUUAUGGAGCUUGGUGUGCAAGGGGACCUACUAGAGUUCAUCAAAUUCAGGGGUGCUUUGCCCGAGGAUUUCACCAGAAAACUGUUCAAACAACUGUCACUUGCAAUACAAUUUGCACACGACCUAGAUGUUGUUCACAGAGACCUGAAAUGUGAAAACCUGCUAUUGGACAAAGACUUCAACCUCAAAGUGUCGGACUUUGGAUUUGCCAGGAGGAUCAAUUAUGAUGACGCUGGACAAAUGAUUCUCAGCAAAACAUUCUGUGGCUCUGCAGCCUAUGCAGCACCAGAGGUAUUACAGGGGCUCCCAUACAACGCCAAAGUGUAUGACGUUUGGAGUAUGGGGGUCGUUCUAUUCAUCAUGCUCUGUGGGUCUAUGCCCUAUGAUGACUCCAAUAUUAAGAAGAUGCUGAAGAUUCAGAAAGAGCAUCGCGUUGACUUCCCACGCAGCAAAACUGUCCCUACGGAGUGCAAAGACCUGAUGUAUCGCAUGCUUAACCCAGAUGUGGCCCAGAGGAUAGAGAUCGAUGAUAUCCUUGAGCAUGUAUGGGUGCAGUCAAAAUCCAAAUCACAUGAUGGUAGUAAGAGACGAGAAGAUGGGCCUUCAUCUGAAGCUGCUUGCUCCAAAAAAGAAAAGGGUGAAAGUAGUAAGCAUCCUCAUGGCAAUGAGAACAAGAAAGGGGAAAAAGUGGAGGUUGAGGCCAAAUUGGGCCCUAAACUUUCUGUGGAGGGCAAAGAGGCAGCUGAAUCAUCUAAGCACACCAAGAAAGAAUCAUCCCCAGAUGCAAGGAAUGACAUCCCCGCUGAUUCAUGUUGA